AUGAUUGACAGGCUCAAUGCGUCCGAGAGAAGAAAAGAAGAGCUUACCAGAAAAAGCCCUCUGUGGGGUACGCGAGAUUUAUCACAUUCUCCUUACGAACAUCGAAUGACAGAUUGUGCCUCCCGCAGGCCUCUAGGGAGGCUCUCUAAAGAUUCCAGCAUCACCUUUCGUACAGAUCGAAACUUUGCCCGAUGUCGUCAACAAGCACUCUCUGAAAUUACCGCCACGCAUUUUGGCCAGGAGAAGAAUGAUGAGCUAGACAGGCUGAUUACGCAAAUACCCAAGGCCUACACACCCAAAAUUACACCUGAAUUACGAUGCUGCUGCGGUAAAGUUGAAUGCGCCUUUACCAAAAAGAAUUACAUUGCCCUAGAACAGCUAGAAUCCGAAGUUCGCACUGCUGCUCAAAUCGGCCAAGCCCUCCUGGCACGACAUAAGCAAUUCAUGCACAAUGCUGAGCACGAUUUACUGGUGAUGGAUAUGAAACAAGAAAAACUGGAAGAUGAUAAGAAGGAGCUUGAAAAACAGAACAUCCAAAAACAAGAAGAGAAUCGGCAAUUAUACAACCAAUUAGAAGAGCUCAAUUGUUCGGUUGCUCAUUCCGAAUCUUACAUUAAGGCGCUUGAAGAGACACUAGACUCUACAAGGUACGAAUUUAGGCGCUUGCAAUCUCUAGCUUCUAGGACACAAGAGCUAGAGAACCAGCUGGCAACGCUCGAACAAGAGCAAGAAGUUCUUCAGAACACCAUAUGGACUACUCAAGAACUAGAACAAAAUGCUGUCAAGCGGUGGAAGACUGCUGAACAGAGAUUGUUGAACCUUCAGGAACAAUUGGAAUAUAUCGGCAGCGAAGCUAAUGAAGAGAAGAAAAGACACGCGGAAGUACUUGCUCGCAUGAAAAAGCACGAAGUUAUAGAACGAAAAUUGAGUAUAGCAGCAAAACACUUGAAAGGAGUUGGAGCAGUUUCAUCAAUGCUUAAAAGUAACAAUCAGCAUCUUGUAUCGCACUUCGCCAAAGAUGUUUUGCAGGACAAUGUCGACCUUCAAUUAGGAAUGGCUGAGCUACGUCAAAUGCUAUUGGUCUCGAAUGACGAGGUGCAAAUUUUGCGGGAAAAAUUAAUGCAGCAUCAGAUACCCGACCAAUUUGAAUCGCCCGCUCGCGCGUCAACCCUGAGGUCAGAACUAACUCGGGACAACAAUGCGAAAACACCAAAUUCGACGCAAUACCUACAUAUUCACCAUCAUUAUCACGGCUCAUUCAAAAGGGAUAAUCUUCGUAGGCACAAGAGAAAGCGAAGCCCAAAUAGUAACAGUUAUAAUAAUCCCUUGGGGCCACUUCAACCCCAAAAUCGCCGACAUUAUGACAAUUGUCCAGUGCCCUCAAAGUCGUCAGUAGCCUCAAAUCCAAUAACUCCUCUCAAAAAGCGCUGGUCGUCGCAAAUGUUUCAGUCUGCGGAGCUCUCGCCGUCUUCCGUCACUAGUUCAUUCCACUCUUCACUUCGGAAUAGUUUAACUUUUGACAGAGGUACGGAUUUCAAUCUAUCGAGUCCUGCUUCUCCAGGAUCCAGCGUCGAUCAUUACUCGCCAUUGUUUGAUAUACAAAAGAAAGAUAAUGGUAGCGUCAGGCCUAGUAACAGGAUAGCUUACGGAAACCGUAAUAGCGAAGUCAAUGCCUUGGAGGCUCAAUCGAUCCAGUCUCGCUUAGAUAAAUCUACAGUCCAAAUUUGUGGCACACAGGAACCUGAUCCCGAAGAUAUAAAUUGUCGAAAUACAUACAGAUCAGAACUGAUGAGCAAAGCGUCCCGAAAGUCAAUCACCUCCGGUUCGGGUAUAGAUAUUCACACAUUGGAAACUCAAUCAUCUCAGAUUCAUACUUUUUAUGGAAACGCUCUUUUACAUCCCCAUCUAGGAUUCCCCAGUAUAGCCAGCUCCAGGGGGACUAUUACCAGCUUUUCUUUCGUAACAGCUUGUCCUACACUAACUCGACAAAGUCAUCAAAGCACGUCUACUUUUCUAAGUGCUGUGCUCACGAAGCAUGUAAAGUUUGACAGUACUGACCGCCACAGCUUCAGUAGUGCUGGCUCUCUCGACUCCAAGGGUAAAUUCAGCGACUGGGUUCGUGGCCGCUUGAAAUUCAAUCAGUCUAGUAACUCUGAUACUCAGUCACUGGACUGCACAGAUGCACUCAUGGCAGGGAUAGGACCGGGUAGAGCGUCGCACACAUCUCUUGUCAUCGCAACUAGGCUGCCUGGCGUUAACCAAAAAGGUCCUGUACCAGGCUUCGUAAGGAGGAUUAAAGCUCGUCCAAGGCAAGCCUCGACGGUAGAAGGAAGCUAUUAUACGAUUUACAAAAAUUUGAUCGAAGACGCCGAAACACUGCCACUCUAG